AUGGAUAAUUAUAAAAUCUUGGAGCGUAUCGGUGAAGGAACUCAUGGACAAGUGGUUCAAGCUUUGGAGCGAUCUUCCGGUAAAAUAGUAGCUAUUAAAUGUGUACGCUCAUUGGAUAAAACAUCAAAGAAUUUACUACGUGAAAUUGAAUCUUUAAAGGCACUGGAAUCUAACUAUGUUGUAAAGCUGUUGGAUCAUUUUUGUCAUAAUUUUGGUUUCUAUUUGGUACUGGAAUAUGUGGUCUCUGGUUUACCAGAAAUGUUACACGAUGAUGAUAUAAUAUUGAAUGAUUCUCAACUGAAAACAUAUGCUCGAAUGCUUCUCAACGGUGUUGUACACAUGCAUGCGACUAACAUCAUGCACAGAGAUCUAAAACCGGCAAAUUUGCUAAUAUGUUCUAAGGGUAUUUUGAAAAUAGCAGAUUUUAGUUUGAGUCGACUUAUAUUGGCUAAUAACGAUAAACAAUCUGGUGAAGAUCUAUGCUACACUGGACAAGUAGCUACUCGUCGAUAUCGAGCUCCUGAACUAUUGUUUGGCUCUGUUCACUACAACCAAUCCAUCGAUAUGUGGUCGGUUGGUUGUAUUUUAGCAGAAAUGCAAUUAAAAACUCCUUUGUUUGCGGGAGAUUCUGAUAUGGAACAAAUUGCCAUUGUUGUACAUUAUUUAGGAACACCAACAGAUGAAACAUGGCCAAAUAGAAAUGAAAUGCCAGAUUAUAACAAACUUAAAUUUACACAUUGUGAUCCAGUACCAACUAAUGUAUUAUUGCCAGAUAUUGAUAACUUAUUAGUAGAUUUAAUAGGCAAAUUAAUUGUAUAUGAUGCGAAUACAAGGUUAAAAGCACAAGAGGCACUGUUACAGCCUUAUUUUUUUAAUGAACCAUUGCCAUGCUUAGAACAUAAAAUGCCAAAACCACCAAAGAAUCACAGGCAAAAACUUUUACCCAAACAACCAGAAGUAAUUGAAUGUAUGGAAAAAAAUUUUAAUCACCUAUAUCAUAUACUUGAUGAGACGCUUUAAUGAAAAAUUGUUUUUCAAACCAAGAAGAAAGGUAUCUUAAAUUUUUUACAUAUUCACUAAAAUAUGC